GCCCGCCCCGGCGCUCGCGCUCUCGGGGCGGACUCCUGGCCCUCAGGUCCUCAGCCUGGCAAUGGCUCCACUCGGAUACUUCUUAGUGCUCUGCAGCCUGGAGCAGGCGCUGGGCAGCUACCCGAUCUGGUGGUCACUGGCCAUCGGGCCCCAGUACUCCUCUCUGAGCACACACCCCAUCCUCUGUGCCAGCAUCCCGGGCCUGGUGCCCAAGCAGCUGCGCUUCUGCAGAAACUACGUGGAGAUCAUGCCUAGCGUGGCUGAGGGUGUCAAGCUGGGCAUCCAGGAGUGCCAGCACCAGUUCCGUGGCCGCCGCUGGAAUUGCACCACUGUGGAUGACAGCCUGGCCAUCUUCGGGCCUGUGCUCGACAAAGCCACACGGGAGUCGGCCUUUGUCCACGCGAUUGCUUCCGCCGGCGUGGCCUUCGCGGUGACGCGCUCGUGCGCAGAGGGCUCGGCCGCCAUCUGCGGCUGCAGCAGCCGCCACCAGGGCGCGCCCGGCGAGGGCUGGAAGUGGGGCGGCUGCAGCGAAGACAUCGAGUUUGGCGGGAUGGUGUCUCGAGAGUUCGCUGAUGCCCGGGAGAACCGGCCCGAUGCCCGCUCCGCCAUGAACCGCCACAACAAUGAGGCCGGUCGCCAGGCCAUUGCCAGUCAUAUGCACCUCAAGUGCAAGUGUCACGGUUUGUCGGGCAGCUGCGAGGUGAAGACCUGCUGGUGGUCGCAGCCCGACUUCCGCACCAUUGGUGACUUUCUCAAGGACAAGUAUGACAGCGCCUCUGAGAUGGUGGUGGAGAAGCACCGCGAGUCGCGCGGCUGGGUGGAGACCCUGCGGCCGCGCUACACCUACUUCAAGGUGCCCACGGAGCGUGACCUGGUCUACUACGAGGCCUCGCCCAAUUUCUGUGAGCCCAACCCGGAGACCGGCUCCUUUGGCACGCGCGACCGCACAUGCAACGUGAGCUCGCAUGGCAUUGACGGCUGCGACCUGCUAUGCUGCGGCCGUGGCCACAAUGCGCGCACCGAGCGGCGCAGGGAGAAAUGCCAUUGCGUGUUCCACUGGUGCUGCUAUGUCAGCUGCCAGGAGUGUGCACGCGUCUACGACGUGCACACCUGCAAAUAGGCAGCUCUCCCGAGACCGCGGGACAGGGCUCCCACUGGGGCCCGACCCCCACCUGGAGGUGGGCUCCUCUCUGACAGAGCAGGGCUUAGACAGGGGCAGGUGGAGUUACUUCUUGGACAGGUGGGGCUGGUGAAUGAGUAGAGGUUGCUUGACUGGGUGGAGCCCCUUCCAGUAGAGCCAGGCUCUGAAAGGGGCGGGACUUCGGAACCGGUUUCUCCCUGGAGUGGAGCUGCUGUCCCAGGCCCAGCUUGAAGGGAGGGACCUGCAGGAACUGGGCCCCUGGAGAAGGGGCUUUUUCCGGUUUAAGUGGAGUUCCUGACUGGAGGGGGCCUCCCGUGGGUGGGACUUUGGAUGGGGCGGGGCUCCUCUCUGAGGGUGGGGCUUUUCCUGUGUGGCGGGGCUCCUGAGGGCCCACUACCCUUCUCUCCUGCCUGCUGAGCAAAGCGCAUCCCCUGAUGAAGUGAGCUGCAGAGACCCCGCGGGCGGUACUGGAUCCCCAUUUCCAUGCUUCUGGAAUCUGGGAGCUUUUCUCCAACCCCUGUGCACCUCUCUCUCCACCUAGGGACUCCCACUCUCCCCACUGGGACCCCUCUGGAGGAAAGUCUCCCGCGUCCCCUCGCCCUCCAACCCUGAGAACCCAGCUCAGACCUGGGAGAACUAACUUGGUAGAGGGUGGCUGGGGAGCGGGGUCUGAAUCCCUGAGCCUCUUCCCACUGAGGCCUGCCUCUGGCCUGGCCUCCAAUCCCAGGCCUCUUCCAGGAAAUGUGCCACUGUUCCCAGCCCACUGAAGUUCCUGUUCUGAUCUGGGCUAUGCCCAGCCCCCAAGGCCACUCAGAGAUGAGUUCUGUGAAAACUGUGGGGGCAUCAGUGCAGACCCUGCCUUAGACAGAGGAUCCACAGCCACGGCAGUCUCCCUCCCAUCCCCACAUGGCCAGCACUGAACCCUCCACCCUGCUGUUGAGGCCAAGGUGUCCAAACCUGCCUGCCACCAGCCAACAUCCAGGAGCUUUUGAAGUCUCUGCCUGGGCUGGGAGUGAGAGGACACUGGACCCAUCCAGCUGGUGCCCAGGGGCUGUCCACAGAGAACUCUCCUUUGUCUCUGCCACUGUGAAAUGUCCCCACCCUCCAGGUAAGGGAGGGGACACAGCCAGGAAGGGGAGUUGAAGGCUAGAAGAGACCAUGUGCCAGGAACGUCUUCGGCCUGGAAUUGUUCAUUCUGGGUCUUAAUUUCAUUUCCGAUGCUGCUAUCACUGGAGUUUGACAAACAGAUGUGUUACCUUUUUUUUCUUUUCUUUCUAUGAAAGAAAUUAUUUUAGUGAUAGUGUGUAAGUUUCAAAUAAUGGGGAAAAUAAAAUAAAUAAGAACGCUU